ACACGAAGAAUCGGCGUCAAAUUGUUGGUGCUCACAGCUAGAUCGAUCGAACGCCUAUAUAUAUAUAUAUAGUCACAAGCUCGAUCACACACGGUGUCACAGUCACAGGUGCAUUGACGGAUUGAGUAGCUAGUCUACACGAACCACGCAACACGAGCAAGAUCGAUUCAUACACCAUGGCGGCGGCGAGCCAGCUUCUGGCCACGGCGACCUGCCUCCUGGCCCUGCUCCUCGCCGCCGGCUGGAUGGUCGCCGCCGCCGACGCGCGCCGCCUGCUCGACGACGUGGAGUACACGGGCACGGCUAUGCCGCCGGCGCCGGCGAUGGCGCCGGUGGCUGAACCGGGCAUGGACGUUCACGGCGGUCGGAUGAUGCUCGCCGAGGGCCGCGGCCUGCUCGCCGGUGGGCUUCGCCUCGCGGGGAGGCUGCUUCUAGGCCUCGGACUCUAAGAAGGGGAAAUGGCCAACUGAAUUUUGCCCCCCUUUUCUUUCUUUCGUUGCAUGGAUGCUACUACAUUGGAUUCUAUCAAUACCAUCUCCUGGCUCUUUGUCAUCUUUUUGCAUUGGAAUCUUUCGGAAAUUGAUCACCUUUACGUGUGUGUAUGUUCAGAUGUGUACUACUACUGUAAUUCUUUUUGCCGACUGGUAUACAUAUUCGUUUCUUUCUUUCUUGAUUUGCAGAUUGCUACUGGAAACCGCUCCCUAGCUAGCGUUUUGUCGAUUAGCACCUACCGAUGAAAACUGAUAAAAUCUGGACA